GUAGCGGGGCUUCCCCGUGCUUUUCUGGCUGUGAUCUCCACGUCCCUAAGCACCCGGCCGGCUCUGGUCCUAGCCCUGACGCGCUUCCCACGGCCCGAAGUGCCUGGCGGGAGAGGCGCAGGGUGCGGCGGAGGGGUGCUUCCGUCUGUGCCCCCCCCUCACAGACACCUGUCUGAAGCGGGCUCUGGAGCCAGCCUCCCCCCUGCGGACAGAAGGGCAAUAGGAAGACGGUUUGACUGCUGGCCCUUUCCACAACUGUCUUUCUUCUAAGAAUGCCAACUGUAAAUUCGACUGGCGACUGCCAGCCAGAAGCAGACUGUGCCUCCACUUCAUCAAAAGGGAUAGCCUCAUUCUCCCAUGUUAAGAUGCAGGAGCCGGUCCUUGGAGAUACCAGUGUGAUGCCCCCCCCAGUGCGAACAUCUGUGGUGAACCCUGCAGCCAACAUCCGCCACAUGCGACGGAUCAUUGCUGAGGAUCCAGAGUGGUCCCUAGCCAUUGUACCACACCUCACUGAGCUCUGUCUUCAGUACAUCAUCAUCAACUUCGAAAAGAAACCUAUUUUGAACCAUCUCCUGCCUGAGCACAAAAAGAGAGUGCUGGACAGGAUCUCCACAGGCCUUCCCCUCUCUGUGACAGCCAACCUGAUCAGCGAUGAAGGCUACUGGAAGAGGUGCUGCACUGAGUGUUGGACAGUCUGUGAUGUCUCCUGCUAUGGGGGCAGCUGGAAGCGGAUGUUCUUUGAACGCCACCUGGAGAACAUCCUCAAAUACUUUGUCCCUAAUGUAACAGACCCUGAUCGGAUCCUGGAUGCCAUCCCACUCUGCAAGGACUAUGUCAGGAAGCUGGAGAUCGACCAGUUCCUCCCUCCAGUGAAGCUGGAUGAGAAGAAGGAAGAGGAAGACCUGUCUGAUUCUGGGAGUGAUGUUGAGAUUGAUGAACUCUCCAUGCACCACUAUGACAUAGGGGGGCUCAUUGUUGCCCUCCCUCAUCUAGAAGAGCUGAAUCUGUCCUAUGGAGUGAAGGAUUGUGGCAUGAACUUUGAAUGGAAACUGUUUAACUUCACCUCUAAGGACUGUUCUAAUCUGGCCAAGGGUCUUAAGAAGUGCCAAAGCUUGAAAGUCUUCAAACUGACCCGCAGCAAAGUGGAUGAUGACAAGGCCCGGCUGCUGAUUCGGAACUUGUUGGACCACCCAUGCCUGGUGGAGCUGGACUUCUCUCACAAUCUGAUUGGGGACCGAGGAGCGAGAGCCAUUGGCAAAUUGAUGAACCAUAGCAGACUAGAAAUCCUCACCCUGUGCAAUAACCAGAUUCGGCCCCCAGGUGCCCAGGCGAUUGCUCAUGCUCUCACUAAGAAUUCAACACUGAUAUCUUUGAACUUGCGCCUCAACUGCAUCGAGGAUGAGGGAGGGCAAGCCAUAGGCCACGCCUUGCUGAGCAAUUCCUCCCUGAGAUCCAUUAAUCUGGCAGGCAAUGAGCUGUCAGAGCCCACAGCGACACUUUUCUCUCUAGUCCUUGCUCAAAACACAGCUCUGACUAGCAUCAACCUCUCAUGCAACCACAUAGGACUGGAUGGUGGGAAGCAGCUGUUGGAAGGAAUGUCAGAUAACAAAACCAUGACUGAAUUUGACCUACGCCUGGCAGAGGUGGGACAGGAGAGCGAGUACCUCAUUAACCAGACCCUGAGGGCCAACCAGGAGAUAGCCCGUCUGAAGACCCUGCAGCAAUCAAACUCCCCCCAAGAAAAGCUCCCAUAGUUGGAUUAGUCUUUCAUACAUGGUUAUUUUGCUCUGCAGCUAUUGAAAUGAAAUGCUUCUUUUCACUGAGGAGCUGGUGCUAAACAUGAGUAUCUGUGUGUGUGGGGAAGGGGGAUCAAGGAAGUAGAAAAGGUCUCAGCAGACAGGACCUACCUAGCACCUGGACCCCAAAGAAGAUUGUCAUUGGGUUCUUUCAUCCGGCAUGCUUGGGGUUUGGUCUUUUCUCCAUAUCUGCAACCAAGCUAGGUUCCCAGAGAACUCCCACCAGCCAAAGCAUACUCUCCCAUUCAGCGCACACACCUCCAUUCAGAUUUUUCUCAGUUCAUCUGCUUUCCUUGCUUUAUGCUCACCUGCCAGGGUGUCUUAUAGCUGACCUUUGGAGCAGCCUUUGUCUUGAAACCAUGAAGCUCACUGCUACAGUGAGACUGAAUACAAUGAAUAGACACAUCACUGCCAAACCCAGGUCUCCCACAUUGUACCACCUUGCAGCAGAGCGAUGUUGUUUUUGGCAAGGGGAAAACAGGAUGGCAGAUGACAACCCUGUACCCAGCACUGGGUGGCCACUCUCAGAACUCACUACAUGAGAGCACAGUGACCAAGAAGGAGCAAACAGGAUAGGAAACCACCUGUUUUAGGUCAGCUCACCCCACACAUAGGCUUGAUCGUCUGAAUUUUUUUCAGUUUUUAUAAAGCUGCAACCACCCAGGUUUCUGCACUUUGUUUUUAUCCCAAGGUUAUUUUUCAUCCACAGCUUCCAGUUAAAGUGCAAAAAUUUGGGGAGUAGACAAACCACUCCAAAUGAGUAAAACUCUAAUUCUUGCAAGCUUUCUAAUU